UGUGAGAAGUGGUUCUGCAGCAGCUGCUCCCCCUGAUCCCGGACCGGGGGCCCAUCUACCCGCGGGGCCCUGAGUACCCAGGAUCUCCAUCACCAAGGACUAGUGACGCCAGGGAUAGUUCAACCAGCAAAGCCUCAGUGCCGGGGAAGAUGUAUACCACUGGGCUGGCUCCCUUCUAUGCAGCUUCUCAUUUUAACCUGUGGUCUGCCUAUUGCUCUGGGGGUGCAGGAGGGGGUGGGGGUGCUGGAUUCCCCCCAUUAGAUCCUGGGAAGAAGCCUUCAUUUUGCAUUGCUGACAUCCUGCAUGUUGGGGACCCGGACAGCCCCCCUAGCUCUUCUGGCCUGACAGCCCACCUGGGGAUCCUUCACCCUGCACAGUACCAGCAAACAGGGUCCCCCCUUAGACCGACCCCCCUCACCCCAGACUCUGCCUUCCACCACAGGCUCUCCCCCCUGUCCCCCUACAGAUCCAUGUGCGGCAGCAGCACCAACCCCAGGAUACAUGGCGGCUCCCAGCCGACCCCCUCCAGCAAGGACCUCAAGUUCGGGAUUGAUCGGAUCCUGUCCACAGAGUUUGAUCCCAAGGUGAAAGAAGGAAACACACUGCGAGAUCUGACCUCCCUAAUCAGCUCAGGCCGCCAAUCAGGGGUCCAUGCCCCCCACAUGCAGUCCACAGCCGGGCAGUUCUUCGCCUCCCUAGAGCCCCUUACAGAGACCUCCUCAAUCCUGGGGCAGCUAAAUGCAAACCAGAGGGGCUCAGUGCAGCAGCAGUUCCAGGACACCUUCCCAGAGGCUGAAUUUGGUUGUGUCCUCCCCUCAGGCCCCUAUGCAGUGCUCACCAAGGACACCAUGCCCCAGACCUACAAGAGGAAAAGGUCCUGGUCCAGAGCCGUGUUCUCCAAUCUGCAGAGAAAAGGGCUGGAGAAGAGGUUUGAGGUGCAGAAGUAUGUCACCAAGCCUGACAGGAAGCAGCUGGCGGCCAUGCUGGGCCUCACCGAUGCCCAGGUGAAGGUCUGGUUCCAGAACAGACGCAUGAAAUGGAGACAUUCGAAAGAGGCGCAAGCGCAAAAGGAUAAAGAGAAGGAAGACAGCGAGAAGUGUGACGCCCCCUGUAGUGGAGAAGUGGACAUAGACAGGAGCAAUAGUCCCUACAGGUCUGAAGGGGACAGUGACUCCAGUGACUCUGACCUGCUGGACAUGAUGCCCAGCGACAGUGAAAGGACUGAGGGUGGAAGCUCUGAGCCCCAGCAGACCAGUGUGAUCAGAUCCUCCUCUACCACCGACCUCUCCACCACACAGCAGGCUGCCCCCUGCCCACCAGAGACCACCGACCCACAGAGCCCCCCUCUGCAUUAAUCUAUACAGAAGGAAAAGGAUGGGACAUUGAGUGACAGACUGGUCUUCGGAAUGAUGGUCAUUCUCCCCCCCCCCCGAAGGGGACACACUGUGAAGAUGUUAUGGGCUGGA